AUGAUGAGCGAGGUGGCGGCGGGCGCAUGGCAGGCGGUGCGGUGCCGGGUGUUGGUGCCCACGCUGCAGCUGGCCGUUUACAUCUGCGUCGCCAUGUCGCUCAUGCUCUUCGUCGAGCGCCUCUACAUGGCGCUGGUCGUCGCCGGCUUGUCGCUGCUCCGCCGCCGCAGGAGACACGACGACGACGACCUGGAAGCCAACCACCGCCCCAUGGUCCUCGUGCAGAUCCCCAUGUUCAACGAGAAACAGGUUUACCGACUUUCGAUCGGUGCCGCGUGUGGGAUGACAUGGCCAUCUGAUAAGUUGAUGAUUCAAGUGUUGGAUGACUCCACCGACUCAACCAUAAGGGAGAUGGUGGAGGUGGAGUGCUCGCGGUGGGCGGGCAAGGGCGUGAGCAUCCGGUACGAGAACCGGCGCAACCGAAGCGGGUACAAGGCCGGCGCCAUGCGCGAGGGCCUGCGUAAGCCCUACGCCCGCGACUGUGAGUUCGUUGCCAUCUUCGACGCCGACUUCCAGCCUGACGCCGACUUCCUCCUCCGCACCGUCCCGCUGCUUCUGGCCGACCCGGCGGUGGCGCUUGUGCAGGCCAGGUGGCGCUUCGUCAACGCCGACGAGUGCCUGCUCACGCGCAUCCAGGAGAUGUCCCUCGACUACCACUUCCGCGUCGAGCAGGAGGUGGGUUCCGCCUGCCACUCCUUCUUUGGCUUCAACGGCACGGCCGGCGUCUGGCGCCUCCGCGCCCUCGAGGACGCUGGCGGCUGGAAGGAGCGCACCACGGUGGAGGACAUGGACCUGGCCGUGCGUGCCACCCUGCGGGGCUGGCGCUUCGUCUACGCCGGCCACGUCGCCGUGCGCAACGAGCUGCCCAGCACGCUGCGCGCCUACAGGUACCAGCAGCACCGCUGGUCAUGCGGCCCGGCCAACCUGUUCCGCAAGAUGUUCCGGGAGGUCCUGGCCAGUGGCCGCGUCUCGCCGUGGAAGAAGCUGCACCUGCUCUACGGCUUCUUCUUCGUCCGCAAGGUGGUGGCGCACCUCGUCACCUUCUGCUUCUACUGCGUGGUCAUCCCGGCCUGCGUGCUCGCCGGCGGCGACGUGCGCCUGCCCAAGUACGUGGCGCUGUACGUACCCGCGGCCAUCACGCUGCUGAACGCCGCCUGCACGCCUCGCUCCUGGCAUCUCCUCAUAUUCUGGAUACUCUUCGAGAACGUGAUGUCGAUGCAGCGGUCCAAGGCCACAGUGAUCGGCCUGCUGGAGGCAAGCCGCGCCAACGAGUGGGUAGUCACCGAGAAGCUGGGCGCCAAGACGACGACGACGGCUAGGAAGAAGACGAGCGGGGUCCAUGUCCAUGUGGCGGAGAUCCUUCUGGGGGCCUGCCUGCUCUACUGCGCCGUCUACGACAUCGCCUACGGCCGCGACAGCUUCUACAUCUACCUGCUUCUCCAGUCUGCCGCCGCAUUCAUCGUCGGCUUCGGCUACGUCGGAACGACGUCCUCGCCUCCCUAG